GCUCUGGCCAGUCAGUGGAAUUUCGCUCCAGUGAUUGGAACAACUGAGCUGCUUCUAGUAAACACUCUUCAAUACUCGCGUGAAUUUGUUGAAGCGCUUCUUGCUCGGUUAGAAAUUCAACCAUGGAUUUGGCGAGCGUGCUGUGCUUGGUGCUGUCGGUCGGAGCUUGGUUCGCCUGCGCGGAGAGACACAGCGUCUACUGGAACAGCUCCAACCCCAACUUUCUCUGGGACGACUACAAGGUGGAAGUCCGCAUCAACGACUACCUAGACAUCAUCUGCCCGCACUACGCCCACGGCGAGGUGCCGCCACAAUCUGCCGAGCGCUACGUGCUCUACAUGGUGGACAGGGCGGACUACGACGUCUGCAAGCCGCACUCCUUCGACCAGCUGCGCUGGGAGUGCUCGCGGCCCUUUGCCCCUCACGCCCCCGAGAAGUUCUCUGAGAAGUUCCAGCGCUUCACGCCUUUCACCCUGGGCAAGGAGUUCAGGCAGGGAGAGAGCUAUUAUUACAUCUCCAAGCCAAUGCAUCACCACGGCCAGGACUGUCUGAGGCUCAGAGUGGACGUGGAUGGCCAGAAAAACCUGGCAAAAACUCACACGGACAAAUCCAAAGCAGAGAUGGAGAAGAGCUCGGAUGCGUCAAAAGCAAAAUCCGCCUCAACCGGAGGCGUUCACAACCUCUCCAAUCGUCUCCCGGCUGACGACCCCACCGCGAUGGAGCCCAACGUCCAGAGGAGCAUCGGAAAUUCAGGAACGCGGCUCGUCUCCUGCUCGCUCGCAUUGACGCUCCUUCCGGUUUUGUUAGCGGCGAUGCUACACUGAACAAAACAAAAACAUUGGGAAACAGCCUAGUGCUGGUCACUGGGGUCACGGACACUUUUUUUAUAUAUAUAUAAUGACUACAGAGCUUUUAUACAAACUGUGAGUGUGUGUUGUGAUGUGAAUGUAGAGUGUGGAUCACUCCAAAGAAGAGGACCUCCAUUUUUUUUUUCUAAUAUGAUGAGGAUGAAGCAGCAUUUUAUUUUGUUUUUUUUGGGAGCUAUUUUGGUUUGUUUUUUUCCAUACCACUCAGUAGGGUACACCUCCAGUUCCUGUGUCAGCUGCUGUCACAAUAGCGUUUUUGUUAUUUAAGAUGUUUUUAUUUUGUGACAUUAUUGUGUAGCACUCAUCUGCAAGCCUAAAAUCCACGUACUGUACCACUGUUCACGAUGAAAACGCAACUGAACUUCUCAUUCCUGUUCUGAAUAAAACACAAGGCAAUUCUCAUAUUCCAAUUUUUUUAAUCAUCAGCUUUAUUAGAACCUAAAUUAGCUUGAAAAAAAGUUUAAUUUCUGUACCUGCAAAUCAUCAUGAGUCCUUGAGACCUAAGAAUGGGAACAAAAUGGUCAGAUAAUUCAACCUUAUUAGUGCAUAGUUUUUUAGUCAGUCUUCUCAUGGUACAUGCUUGCAGAUGCCCCCAACGUGUCAAACCUCAAACUGAAGGGACAUACAUACACUGUACAGUCAUUUUCUAUGUUUAAUAUGUAAAUGUGUACAUACAUAAACUAUAAGUAUUAAGAUGUGAAAAACUUGUGGAAUAAAAGAAAGUCUUGUAAUAUAAA